GAGACAGAUGGCGUGCUCUCGUUCGAAUAUGACAGCGAUCCCACUUCCUCCGGCCUGCGAUGGAAAAGACUUAAUUAAACCGCCGGUGACGAAAGUAUUAACCAAGACAAGAGUUCCUCUUCCUCUUCAGAAAUCAAACUAAGAACUUAGCUCUUAGUGUAUCCAAGGCACAAGAGCCAAACCACUUUGUAUUUUUUUUCAUCGGUUGUAUGUGUUGGGUGGUCUUACCCAAGUGAUUGGAUCGACAACAAAAUAAAGAAAAUCAAAGAUGCAAGAAGCUUUUAGUUAAAAGCUUUCGUGCUGGGACAACAAGAAGUAAGAGCGGCAGUCAAGUCGAGUUAGUGAGAGAAAUACUUGAGUGCAACUUACAAAAAAUGAAAAGAAACACAUAUCAAAGCAGACACAGAUGAGAGAAAUAGAGAGAUAACAGUGAGGGCUUCAGAAAUAGUUGCGGAAGUAAAUGGGAUUUUUGGUUGAUCAACCAAAAUGCUAAAACAGUCUUCGAGUGGGUAUAACGAACAAGAGCCGGAUUAUGCGUGGGAUGAAAAGGUGAGAAGCAAUGCAGAGCAGAAGUUGCAAAAGCCAGAAACUAAUCGGCUUUCACGAAGGGAUACUAUGCUUUAUAUGACAGCUGAAAUUCUAAGUGGGGUUGCUCUUCUGUCAGCAGAACCAGCUGAAGCUCGAGUUCAGAAACUUGAGAGAAAGAGAAAAAUCAUGGAGAAGCUCGAGAAGCUCAGGGAGAAAGCUGGGGUACCAAAGCCAGAAAUUGAGAAUGGAAAACUGACACUGCCUGCACCAAAGCCUCCCACGAAUCCUCGACAAGGUUCUGUUCAACCUCUGGUGGAAAGAUUCCUCCCUUAGUGAGAAAUCUAUACAUCACAACAUCAAAUGCUCCUUUCCUUUUACACAUUUUAAAUGACACAUCCAUGUUAGCUCUAGAUUUUCAUUGAUUUUUGUUCAUCUAAAAUCAUAUUGUUUUCUAUGACAGUGAGUUUUGUGUGAACAUCUGAAAACCCUUGAAAUUAAUGACCAUUUUUUCAA